AUGGAAGACGCACCGGUGUACACGCUCUUGACGCGAGAGCAAGUGGAGGAGCUGAUCCACACGCACUACGACCUCGGGAGGGUGGUAGAGUACAAGAAGCUCAGCGGAGGCCUGGCGAACUCGAACUAUCGCGUUGACACCACGACUGGCUCGUACCUCCUUAAAAUCUGCGAUGAGAAGGACAGGCAGAGCCUCCAGGUGCAAGUGGCGGCCCUCAACGCGGUGCGAGCGGUGCACUUCCCCACGUGCCUGCCGCACCCGCUCAAGGGAGCCGAGGGCUACGUGCUGUGCCAGAACAACGACCAGCUGCGCGCCAUCGUCUACGACUUCCUUCGCCUAGCGCAGGGCGGACCCGGUACGAUCGAGGGAGUGACGGAGCGAAUGAUGGCCCAGCUAGGCACGGCCGUUGCCACGCUGCACACACUGAGUCCCGUCGACAACCUCCCUCCAUUCCCCAUGGGAGUGGCGGCAAUUGACCCGUUCCUGGAGGAGGUCAAGGGCACCCCGUUCGAGCACCACGAGUUCGUGAGAUAUUUGCGGGAACAGCUGAACGCCUUCCGCGGCGUGAUCGCCGACCCGACGCUGCCUCAGGGCAUGAUGCACGGCGACAUCUUCCCCGAUAACGUCAUGUUUGAUGGCGAAGAGCUGGUGGGCAUUGUCGACUUUGAAGAAGUUUGCCACGGCCCUCUCCUGGUCGACGUCGGCAUGACAAUUCUUGGGUGCUGCUACCCGCGAGACAACAAGCUGGACGAGGGGCUCAUGCAGGCCUUCGUCACGGCCUACGACGCCAAGCGGCCCAUGUCCGUCCAGGAGAAAGCCCAGCUGCCGCAGUUCAUCCAAUACGCCGCGCUGACCAUCGCGUUCUGGCGGUUCAGGCAAUUCAAUGUGCGCACGCAGGACGAACUGCGGAAGGAUCGUCACCAGGAGAUGGUGCAGCGGAUUGCGCACAUCACUCACACCUUCCUCGCUGCGCCUCCUCUCCUCCCAGCCCCGACCCACCUCUCCUGA